CUCCCUCGCUCUCCCUGCAGCUCAUGAGCCUCGGGACACACAGGCGAACAAAAGGUAAAGAAAGAGGAAGAUUCUUCGGAAAAAAGGAUCUCCAAACCCUGUUGCGUGCGUGUGUGUGUGAGCGGGGACGUAUCACCCAGGCGGUCUGCACAAAUUUCCCAGGGCUGAAGCGGAGGUGCGGAGAUAGGCCAUGCAGCAUUGUGGAACAGCUCUGAAGCAUUAGCGGGUCCGUUUCCAGCUGAGAGAUUCAGACAGUGACGGAGCGAGCCGAUGGGACGGGCGCCCAGAUGGUGAUAGGACAGGCUGUGGGCGAGCAGACGUGGUAGUGGAAUGAUCAGCUGCGUUGACCUGGUGUGCUGGGCUCUGCUUGGUCUUCUCUCCCUCUCCACCGCACGGCCUGCUCUGACACUUCCAGAGCAAGGUCCUGCAGUGUCGCUGAAGCAGAGGUCGGAGGUGGAGCUGUACUCCACACACCCGGGAGACUCGCUGCAGCUGCGCUGCCGACUGCGUGAGGACAUCCAGAGCAUCGCGUGGACCAAGGACGGGGUGCAGCUGCCCGCCAACAACCGCACCCGCAUCACCGCCGAAUACCUGCAGAUCACCGACUCGGUGCGCCAGGACUCCGGCCGUUACACCUGUGUGGCCAGCGGCCCGUCCGGCAGCGAGACCUCCCACUUUGCCGUCAACGUCUCCGACGCCGUCUACUCCGUGGAAGAGGAUGACGAGGAUGACGAGGAUGAGGAUGAGGAUGAUGACGAGGUGGAAGAGGAUGAUGACGAGGGGAUCAAGUCGGAUGAGAAGAGCAACAAGGAAGCACGACCUCCCUACUGGGCCCAACCGGAGAAGAUGGAGAAGAAACUCCACGCCGUCCCGGCAAUGAAGACGGUGAAAUUCCGGUGCCCGGCGGGUGGCAACCCUCUACCCGAGCUCCGCUGGCUGAAGAAUGGCAAAGACUUCAAGCCGGAUCACCGCAUCGGGGGCUACAAGGUCCGUUGGCAACAUUGGAGUCUCAUCAUGGAGGGAGUGGUACCUUCGGACAAGGCCAACUACACGUGUGUGGUGGUCAACCCGUACGGCAGCAUCAACCACACCUACCAGCUGGACGUUGUCGAGCGAUCCCCUCACCGGCCCAUCCUCCAGGCGGGCCUGCCUGCCAACAAGACGGUGACGGUGGGCAGCGAUGUGGAGUUUGUGUGCAAGGUCUACAGCGACCCCCAGCCCCACAUCCAGUGGCUCAAGCACGUCACAGUCAACGGCAGCAAGAUGGGGCCCGAUGGCUCUCCCUACGUCCAAGUGCUGAAGCAUUCGGGGAUUAAUAGUUCGGAUGCGGAGCUACUGAUUCUGUUCAAUGUGACUGAAGCCGACAUCGGGGAGUAUGUUUGUAAAGUUUCCAAUUAUAUUGGUGAGGCCAAUCAGUCGGCCUGGCUCACUGUCACCAGCUCGCAGUUGGAAGAGCUGGAAGACAAGCCGUCGACCCUGUCGUCGCCCGUCUACCUGGAGAUCAUCAUCUACUGCACGGGGGCAUUCCUCACCUCCUGCAUGGUGGUGAGUGCCAUUGUUAUCCGCAUGAAGAGCACUGCCAAGAAGCCCGACUUCAACAGCCAACUGGCCGUGCACAAACUAGCCAAGAGCAUCCCGCUACGCAGACAGGUAACAGUGUCCAUCGACUCCAGCUCCUCCAUGCACUCGGGGGUGUUGUUGGUACGCACCACCCGCCACUCGUCCAGCGGAACGCCCAUGCUGGCCGGGGUCUCGGAGUUCGAGCUGCCCCAAGACCCCCGCUGGGAAUUCUCCAGAGAAAGACUGACCCUGGGGAAGCCUCUGGGCGAGGGGUGCUUUGGGCAAGUGGUGAUGGGAGAAACCAUCGGCCUGGACAAGGAGAAACCCAGCAGGCCUGUCCCCGUGGCUGUCAAGAUGCUGAAAGCUGACGCCACAGAGAAGGAUCUGUCCGACCUCAUCUCGGAGAUGGAGAUGAUGAAGAUGAUUGGCAAGCACAAGAACAUCAUUAACCUGCUGGGGGCGUGUACUCAAGAUGGUCCUUUGUACGUGAUCGUUGAGUUUGCCUCCAAGGGAAACCUGCGUGAGUACCUCCGUGCUCGCCGCCCGCCUGGCAUGGAAUACUGCUACAACCCGACCCACAUGCCCAACGAACAGCUCUCCUUCAAAGAUCUGGUGUCCUGUGCUUACCAGGUCUCCAGGGGCAUGGAGUACCUGGCCUCAAAGAAGUGCAUACACCGGGACCUGGCAGCACGCAAUGUUCUGGUGACGGAGGAGAACGUGAUGAAGAUCGCUGACUUCGGGCUGGCGCGAGAUAUCCACCACAUCGAUUACUAUAAGAAGACGACAAACGGUCGCCUGCCUGUGAAGUGGAUGGCUCCUGAGGCCUUGUUCGAUCGUAUCUACACCCACCAGAGUGACGUCUGGUCGUUCGGAGUGCUGCUGUGGGAGAUCUUCACCCUGGGAGGGUCCCCCUAUCCCGGCAUCCCGGUGGAAGAACUCUUCAAACUGCUCAAGGAAGGACACCGGAUGGACAAGCCCUCCAACUGUACCCAGGAGCUGUACAUGACGAUGAGAGACUGCUGGCACGUCAUGCCUUCCCAACGCCCCACCUUCAAGCAGCUGGUGGAAGACUUGGAUCGAACCCUGGCCAUUACCUCGAAUCAGGAAUACCUGGACCUGUCGGUGUCUCUGGACCAGUAUUCCCCCAACUUCCCGGACACCCGGAGUUCCACCUGCUCUUCCGGGGAGGAUUCCGUCUUCUCCCACGACCCGCUGCCGGAGGAACCGUGCCUCCCCAAGUGUCCGGGCCGCGCUAACGGUGGGCUGAAGAGGAAGCAUUAAAGAGGCGCGCCAUCUUCGUGCGCUACAGCAGAGCCCACCCACGUCGCCCCCCACCCCACUCCCCUCCCCUUCCCCCGACAACAUUCCAUGAAGCCAGCCCACCUCGAUGGAUGGAUCCGACCACAUCUCCCUGCGGCUCCUCGCCUCCAGCGCCUCCUCUGUUGGGAGGCCACCAUGUUUCUUGCCCGCUCCCCAUCUAUGGCUCAAUCACCUCGUACAACAGACGAGAGAGGGGGAGGGAGAGAGAAUGAGAGAGAAUGAGAGAGAGAGAUGCGUCGAUCAGAAACCUCCUGGCCCCCGACAGCUGGAGAAGCGGCCGGUGGAGAAGGCGGGUGCUUUGCUAGUACACGUGCUCUCGGCCCCCCACCCCCCCCCUUCCUCUCCUCCUCCCCUUCCCCUGCCAUUAACACAGCCUGUCGACCACAGGAGG